AUGCCAAAAAUUUUUAAGCCGAAAAUUAAAGGUGGUCUGUCUCAGAGGUCUCAGAAAACCGAUGAGAAGUCAGUGGCUGUUGCCCAGUCUCAAGUUGCAACCUCAGCGGACCCACUACCACCUGAAGAUAACACUGGAAAUGAGCCAUCAACCAACACUUCCGUUGAACACCAAAUAACCGUAUCGGUUAAAGCGAAAGAAAUCAAGACACCAGAAAACUCUACCACUUCUUCACCUUCUUCCACCCCUUUGCGUAGAAAGGCGAUCUCCCCAGGAAAUGGCUCCCCACCCGUCAUACCGUCUCCGUUGGUUAGUGUAGAUAUUGAUGAAGAACCUUUUAAGUCUCCGCACAAAGAAUCUACUUCCUCAAGCCCUAUUAAGCUCUUUGUUGUUAAGCAGGCACCAAGACGACAUCAAGUUUACGGUGAUGCUCCUCCACCAGCGGACAAGCCGCUUGACCGGUCAACCGUCACUUUACGAUCGCUUCUUAAUUGGAUUCCUGCAAACAAACCCCCUCCAAGGAUUCGUGACAUCCAACCGAAUCCCAAACCAUCCAAGCCUGAAACACCGCGGGUGACGUCACACAUCAGCAAAAGCGAUGAGAAAUUUGAAGAUACAACGACUCCUGCACCAGGCGAACCUCACAUUGACCCACUCGCACCGCAGCUGCGUCUAGAUGCAGAUGGGAACAUCGUGUUGGAUGAACAGAGUCUUCAAAUCAGCCGCCCCGAAAACGCCACGGAGGAUCUGCGACAUGUAGCGGAGGAGGCCGGUCUCUAUGGCACCACAUACAACAGCUUCCGUCGUCGUCCCGUCCAGCAUCGAGGGCGCAAGUGGACGGAGAGGGAUACCACUCGCUUUUACCGAGCUCUCAGCACUAUUGGCACUGAUUUCUACUGUAUGACAAAACUCUUUCCGGAUAGAACGAGGAGUCAGCUUUUGAAGAAAUUUAAGCGAGAAGAGCGCCUAUUUCCACACCUGGUAGACGAAGCAUUAAAGAAUAAACGCAAUUAUGACAUUACUGUGUUUUACAAAAGUGAAAGCGAUUCGGAGGAAAAAUAUGAGAAGCUGACCAAAGAUGCUAUUGUAGAGAAAAGGAAAGCGCCAAAGGAUAAAUCCAGCCAGCGAACACCAAAAAAGCGCUCAUUCUGCGACAUCUCCGCCAUAAUCGAUGAGGUGUUGGCGCGGGACGCUACCGGACCUAAGAACGAUGAGGGUGACCCCAUUGGGCCGCGUAAGGUACCCAAGACCACUUCGGCCGCUGCCUCUGCUGCUGCACCCUGCAGUCUGGUGCAGAUGAUCGAGAAGACAGUGGAGGAGAGCAGCAAGGCAGGUGGGACUGAGAAGCCUCUCUCCUCGGGCAUCACUUCUUGA